AUGGCAGAUCAGAGCGUUCCCCACCCGAGUGGACUCAAAAAAGUGGGAUUUUGUCUUGAGAAGUUGGCUACAACUCACAGCUAUGAGCCAGAUUCCUUUAAACUCCACAGGCUUCCCUCUCCAAGGCCUGGAGAGCUCCUAGGGUUGAUUGGAACUCACAAAACCGGCAAAUCAACUGCUCUCAAAAUUUUGGGUGGGCGACUCAAACCCAAUCUUGGCCGCUUCGAUGAUCCUCCGGACUGGCCAGAGAUUCUGACUCACGUAAAGGAUUGUUAUUUCAAAAGCUACUUCGCCGAUGUUCUGGCUAAGAAACCAAGGAUCGUUUUCCAGCAUCAAGAUUUCACUGACCUAAGAAACGAUAGGUUUUUCGUCGGGGAGACGCUUAAAAUGUAUGACCAGAGAGGUAAGUUGGAGGAGGUAUGCGAUGCUCUAGAUUUGAACAGUCACCUGAAACGGAACCUCCGCAGCCUAACUCCUGGAUUGCUGCAAGUUGUUACCAUCGCUGCCAAGGCCUUGCAGAAAGGAGAUGUAUACAUAUUCGACGAACCAUCACACUUUCUCGACGUGGCUCAGAGACUCAACGUUGCCCGAGUCAUACGUUCUCUCCUAACCCCCGACAACUACGUGAUUGUUGCGGACCACGACCUUACUCUCGUCGACUAUGUCUCGGAUGCCAUUUUCUGUGUGUAUGGGAAACCAGAAGCAUACGGCGUCGUUACUAAGCCCUAUAAUACCAGAUCAGGAAUCGAGGCUUACUUGGAUGGGUUUGACCUCUUGGAAACUCAGUACAUGAGGGCUGCGUCUCCCAGUGACUUUGUGGCUCGUAAGACUGCCCCAAAGGAGUUCCACAACGAGGGCUGUCCAAGGCUCCAAUAUCCAGAUAUGACUUCAACUUUUAAGCGCUUGAAGCUGCAAGUGACAGGAGCGGAAUUCAAAUACUGGCAGAUUUGUGUAGUUCUGGGAGAGAGCGGUACAGGGAAGACCACCUUCAUCCGAAUGCUGACUUCUCUGUAUGCCGGUUUGCAUCCACCUGACGAGGUGAAAGGUGUAGAACCGUGGUCGCCUCCGUAUACGGUGUCAUACAAACCGCAACUAACAAUCUUGAAGAGCGGUUGUACAGUCAGACAAUUGCUAAAAAGACUUCGCGUCGACGAUGAUGUGCGUCCUGGGUUUAAGACAGAGGUGCUAACACCGCUUCAGAUUGACCAGAUGAUGGAUCGGGAUCUGGACACACUCUCGCCUGGAGAGACGCCCAAGCUUGACAUUGCUUGCUGCCUUGCCAAGACCGCGUGUCUCUACCUGAUCGAUGAGCCAAGCGAGUACCUGGACGCUGAAGAGCGAAUCGUCACAUCAAUGGCCAUAAGGCAGCAUGUUCUAAACAUGGGGAAAUCCGCGGUUGUUGUGGAGCGCGACUUUAUGAUGGCAGCCUAUUUGGCAGACCAAGUGAUUUUGGUCGAGCCACCAGCAAUAACCGGGUCUGCUACUUCUACCUCAAGGCGGCCAUCAACAAUAACCGAGUCUGUUACUUCUACUUCAAGGCGGCCAUCAACAAUAACCGAGUCUGUUACUUGUAAUUCAAGGCGGCCAUCAACAGUACCCAAGUCUGUUCCAACAGCACCCGACUUUGUUACUUCUUCUCCACACACACGUUUCAAUGGGAUGCGCAUAUUCGCGGAGCAACAGAAUAUCACAUUCCGAAAGGAUCGGCUCAGCUUCAGGUUCUUACCAAAGGUCAACAAAUUAGGAUCGACCGAGGACGAGGAACAAAAGCGUGCAGGCAACUACUUGGACCCGAAAUUGAACUGGGCUUGA